CUAAAAAACUACACUAAAAUCAAUUACCUGAUAAGUUCUCAUGGAAAAACACAAGGCAGGUUCCAUGCACUGGGUGAGAGAUUAAUGGUCUUUCCUUGUACCUCUGCUUCUAAACCCACAAUAUUUAGUCAUAAUUUAAUCAAGAGACAUCCAAGAGGGUGUUUUACUUCCAGGGGAGGGAAGGGCUUAGUGCAGUGUGUUUUGGUGCUCAUUUAUGAGUCUGGUGAUAGUAAACCUCCACCUUGUGACAAAAAGGGAUCCAGACAUGGAUUCCACUCUCAGCACAGGUUUAGGAUCUCUUUAAGGCGACUUGAAAAGCUGCAAGUGUUGCUGGUGGCACUGGGAGCAGUGGGAGCAGAUGGUGGGGCGGGAUGAGUGUCAGCACGCUGUCUGCAGCGGGGAUGCAGGUGUGAAUGUGACAAAGGCUCCCUGAUGGCUCCCCAGAACGUGCUGCUGCUGACUGAGCAGAUCCCAUCAGCUGGGGGAAGAGGAGUGAUUGAGGAGUCCAAAAAAAGCUUUGAGUGAAAUGAAGCUGCCUGAGCUAAGCACCAGUGGCCUUGCCCAGCCUGUGCUCCCCUGGGAACACCAAGGGGCUCAAACAAUGAAGACUGACUCUGUUAGUAAAAGUUAUUUUGCAGAACGAGCCUAGAGAUCUAAUAAAAACCACAUAAAAAUGCAAAUCCACCGUUUGUUUUUCUUUCCCUGCAGACCCCAAGGAUCCUCCAGCGACAAACUGACAUUCCAAGGUGGUGGCUAUGGCUGAGGAGAGCACGGCUACUGACCACGAGCAGCUCCUGAGGAGGGUGCAGGAGCUGGAAGUGGAGGUGAAGCGGCUGCAGGAGAAGCUCCAGGAGGACAAGGAGGGUGCUGGGAAGAGAGAGGCUCCUCCAGCCCCUGGGAAAGGCAGGAAACGCCAACAACGGCCCUUUGAUUUCGCCGCCCACAGCCGCAGACACGUGGCACUGCGCAUCGCCUACCUGGGCUGGGGCUACCAGGGCUUUGCCAGCCAGGAGAACACCCCCAACACCAUCGAGGAGAAGCUCUUUGAAGCCCUGAAGAAGACACGGCUGGUGGAUGACAGACAGACGUCCAACUACCACCGCUGCGGGCGCACGGACAAGGGUGUCAGCGCCUUCGGGCAGGUGAUCUCCCUGGAUCUCCGCUCCAGCCUGCCAGAGGGGCAGCAGCUCAACGGCCACGGGGGCGAGGGGCAGCAGGAGGAGCUCCGUUACACCCACAUCCUGAACAGGGUGCUGCCGCCCGACAUCCGGGUGCUGGCCUGGGCCCCCGUGGGGCCGGAGUUCAGCGCCCGCUUCAGCUGCCUGAGCCGGACCUACCGCUACUUCUUCCCCUGCGCCCAGCUGGACGUGGCCCUCAUGGACACCGCGGCCCAGCGCUACGUGGGCACCCACGACUUCCGCAACCUCUGCAAGAUGGACGUGGCCAACGGGGUGCUCAACUUCCAGAGGACGAUCCUCAGGGCCAGAGUGACACGGGUGAGCGGGGGAGGAGAAGCCAGGCCACGGGAUCCCUUCCAGCUGUGCCAGUUCGAGGUGACGGGGCAGGCAUUCCUGUACCACCAAGUCCGCUGCAUGAUGGCCGUGCUCUUCCUCAUCGGGCAGGGCAUGGAGAGCCCAGAUGUCAUUGAUGAGCUGCUGAACGUGGAGAAGAACCCCCGGAAACCGCAGUACAGCAUGGCGGUCGAGUUCCCUCUGGUCCUGUACGACUGCGAGUUCCCAGACCUGCAGUGGCUCUACGACCCAGAGGUGCAGGGCUUCAACGUGACACACUUGCAGCAGCUCUGGGCCAGCCACGCCGUCAAAACCCACGUGCUCCGGGACAUGUUGGCAGGGCUGGAUGCUGCUCCCAUGGCCACAGGAAAAGAUCCAGGGAGCAGCCUGGUGCCCUGGGGGGAGCUGCAGCCCCCGCUGCACAGCCAGAUCAGCGGUUUCCUGGAAGGGGUGCAAGCCCGGAGCUACAAGCCGCUGCUGGCCCGGCCCCGGUGCGAGGGGCUGGAGGCGCGGAUCGAGCACUGGGUGCGGAGGGGCCGCAUCGAGCCGCCCCCGGGCCCCGAGGGCAAGCGGGGCAGCGGCGCAGCCCCCGAGCAGCUGCCCAAGAGGAUCUGUGUGGACCCCGAGUGACGCUUCACCCUUUUUUAAAAUGCCUGGUAUUGAAAAAAAAAGGUGUUUUUUCAGUGCUAUUUUUUAUAAAUCUCAAGAUUUA